AUGUCGAGAUCCGGACGCGCAACAGGCGCGUCGAAGCAGGAUAGCGGUGCGUUUGCCCUUUCUAAAUCUCUAUAUAACCUAUCUUUGCUGCAUGCGCCGCGCGAACCUCUCGCUGAUGCUCUCUCAGGCGUAUGCCCCGUCUGCAAGGCGUCGGGUUACCUUGACCCGAACAUGCAAUUCAAAAUCAACCCUACGUGCUAUCAUUCCAUGUGCGAUACCUGUGUCGAACGUCUGUUUGGAGGCAACAAAGGAAACAACAUAUGUCCUGUGGCGGGAUGCGCAAAGACAUUGGCAUACAGGAACUUUCGAAGGGCAACCUUUGAAGAUUUGAAGGUGGAAAGGGAGGUGGAUCUGCGAAAGAAGGUUAUGAAGAUUAUGAACAAAACAGAAGACGAUUUCGAGACGUUGAGAGAUUACAACGAUUACCUAGAGCAGGUCGAAGAAAUGACCUGGAACCUUAUCCUCAACAUUGACGUGGAUGCGACGUGGAACAAACUUCACCGGUUCGAAGCACUCCAAAAGGCAGACUCGAAUGCCGCUACUACAAAGCGUGACGCUGGGAAGAAUGGUGGUGCCAAAGGUACCGGCCAGAAGGAUGAUGGCGCUGAUCUCAUGUUCCGUGGACUCAAGAAAUAUGUUCCGCCACCAAAGGAGCCGCCUUUCGAUCCAUGGGGAGGAUACAAUAUUGCUCCUCAGUACUACGUACUUCAAGACAAUUACGAUGUCGACUGGUAUGCGCGUAUGAAGAAAGACUCGGCACAUCUUGUUGGAGGACACAGUCUGCAGGACUACUGCGACCGCGCGUUGCGCGAAGCCUUUGGAGGCUUCGGGGUCUUUAUUGAGGAUGAGAUCGCAGCAAGGGAUGCUCCGUCCAUGUCUAUGGAUGCAGAUGUCGGCACCGAACAUGCAGCAGCGGCUGCCAUGAGUGGGAAGGAGGCGAACAUGGACGACAUCUUCUAA